UGGCAAGUGACGACGGCUCGGCUUGAGAUGAUUCCUUGGCUGGCAGCUGAACCCCGCGUCACUCACUACCUAUCAGCCGUCCAUGUCAUCUGCCUUCAAGUCCAUCCAACCCGAGACACAACGAACCGCCCUCAUCAUUAUUACCUAUCUGUUAAUAGCAAGCGAGCAUGUCGAGCAUGUCAUUUCCAAACCUCUAUACACACCGCAAGGUGGCCGAGACAAAGGCAAAGUCAUGCGACAUCUGCUACCGGCUGAGCACCAGCGUCCUCAUCACCGCAGACAACAAGGAUUUCUUCUAUAUCUGCCCAAGCCAUCUUAAGGAGCCUGCGUUCUGCACACCCAAAAUUGACACCGAAGCUAUUGAGGCCCGGAAGAAGAAGGAGCUAGAAGAAGAGAUUGAGAGAGUGAAGAAGGAGUACGAGGAGAAAAAGAAGAAGAAGGAAGAGGAGAAGGGGAAGGAAGCGGACAAAGAGAAAGAAAAGGACAAGAAAGAUGGUGAAAAGAGCAAAGAUAAAGAUGAGAAGAAGGAUGAGAAAGACCAGGAAAAUUCCAAGGGCUCUAGGAGCACAAGUAGAGAAGGGACCAAAUCGCCUCCCGUGGAAGAAGAGCCAAGGAUCUUUGAACUCAAGCCUACUUUCUAUCAACAACGCCUGUUGAAGAAGAGGCAGGCUGAAAUUGCAAAGCGCAACCGUGAAAGACUGCAAGAUCCAACCUUCUUUCCCUCGGUUCCCAAGAAUCUUCCAUGAUGGCGUCCUCUCACGCUACCAAAAAUACUUUAGACGGACAUACAUCCUUUGUUGAUACCCUUUGGCUUUAGUGAUUGAAAUAUACUCUAGAUUAAGCGCCAAUACAGCAGCAUGAGCACCAAACUUACUAACCUCAACGUCACAACACAUUGAACCUUACAGAACGAUGACAAUACGUUACAACGAGCCGAAAGGGUCCGUAUUGAGGACAAUGGGCAAUAAAUUCCAUCUCAAUCUUGCCCCGCCCGCCCUUCAACGCGCAGUGAAAACAAAGUCUACCACGCCCACUCUAUCACACCAAACAGUCUCGUGGAAUUGACCUCAACAAUGCUAGCGGGAAUAACCCUGCGAUGGAUGACGGCAUAUUAUGGUCAAACAACCUCCUUGAGCUACCGAUCCCCCGCUUGCAGUAACAGGAUAGACGGGUACAAAUAAAGAACACUUCCCGUCUACAUGCCCUAUCCCCAUGAUUUGUUGUUCUCCAGUGGAGUGUGCUCCGCUGUGC